AUGGUGAGUAGAUUCAUGCAGAAACCAAAGGUAUCACAUCUAGCAUCAACGAAGAGGAUACUAAAGUAUCUCAUAGAAACUAUCGACUAUGGCAUUUUAUUUUUGUCAGCUGAUGAAGGAAAAGAAUGCAAACUUGUGGGUUACACCAACUCAAGUUUGUGUAGUGAUGCCGAGGAUCGAAAAUCCACAGCUGGUUAUGUGUUUAUGCUAGAUGGCGCACCAAUUGGUUGGAGUUUGAAAAAAGAUCCAGUAGUAACACUAUCAUCAUGUGAAGCAGAAUACAUAGUUGUUUCUCUUUGUGCAUGUCAAGCAACGUGGGUGAUGAACUUGGUAGAAGAGAUUACAAUAAAGGAUCAUGGAGCAAUUUCCACGAAGGUCGACAACAUGUCAUCUAUUAAUCUGGCGAAUAAUCCGAUAGCACAUGGACGAAGCAAACACAUUAGAAUGAGGUUUUGUUAUCUUCGUGAGCAAGUAGCAGAUGAGAAGCCGAAUCUGAAACACUAA